AUGGCUUGCCAGUCUGGUAUCCGAGCAAAUGGCAAACUGCUUAGAUUUUUCAACGAGUGCAAGGCUGGUAAAGUGAGACUUGCGAAGAUCGUUGUUAAGAAUGGUAAAGAAUUGUCGGUCAAUUUUCAAGGGAAAGGUACGGCUAAUUGGCGUGCUGAUUUCAAACACUACUUGCCGGAUUGUAUUGACGCGUUUGAACCAUGCUACAUUCUCUUUCGAAUCGAUGAGCCAAAUAGAUGGAUUUUGAUGAGUUUUGCUGAUGAUCGUGCACCUGUUCGCGAGAAGAUGGUUUUUGCUGCUACUUGGGCGACAUUCAAAUCAGAAUUUGGACAAUCUAAUAUCAAGUACGAAUACCAUGUAACUGAUAAGAAGGAAAUGACACUAGAAGCAUUUGAGAAAUGGCUUGCAAUCAGAGAAGAUCCAGGACCUAUGUCUGAACUUGAGAAGGAGUUUUAUAAUGCUCAUAUAGAGCAAAAACUUGCUAUCCCUCCUUCUGUCAUCACUCAAACUGUUAGAGGUCUUUCCUUCCCAGUAGAUCAAGAUGCAGAGGAAGAGUUAAGGAAAUUAGCUGAACAAAAGGUGAAUUAUGUUCAGCUUGCUGUUGACACACUGAAUGAAGCUAUCAAAUUAGAGUCUUCAAAGAUGCUCACUUCAUCGGAGCAGCUGAAUGAGGUAAUACCAAAAGAAAAACCACGGUAUCAUUUCUAUUGUUUUGCACAUGAACACGAGAAUAAAACGCUGAAUACUUUAUUUUUUAUCUAUUCGAUGCCAUCUUCGGGUUGCACAAUUAAAGAGCGCAUGUUGUAUUCGAGUUGCAAACAACAUUUUUUACAGGCUGCCUUUUUAGCUGCUAAUCUUCGUCCAGAUAAAAAGAUAGAAAUUGAUAGCAAGGAACACUUGUCGUAUGAUAUUCUGAUGGAUUAUUCUCAUCCUACCUUCAGUAACAAAGAUAAAGGCUUUGCAAAACCACCAGGGCCACCUCAGAGAGGAACUCGACGUGUGACUAAAGCAGUCAGUUAA